CCGGCCGUCGGCGGCGCGGGCGCGGGCGCGGGCGGAGGCGGCGCGGUCCGCGAGGUGCUGGUGGAUUCACUUUUCCCAGAGUCCGGGGCGGCAGCAGCCGGAGCCCGAGCCCGAGUGGAAGGACGCGGGAGCGGCGGGAGCCAGAGCGGGGCUAGAGCGAGCGAGGGAGGAGUGAGGGCGCGCGAGGGAGCGCAGCUGGGCACUGGGGGGUCCGGGGCUCCAUAAGUCCGCGGCCGGCGGAUACCUCUGCCCGCCGCCGCCGCCUCCUCCUCCUCCUCGUCCUCGGGGAUCAGCACAAGACAGCGACCUGCGCGGACUGCCCCCAGCCCAGCACUUAAGAUGUCCACUGAAGGGCAAAGAGUUGACGACAGCCCAAGUACUAGCGGAGGCAGUUCUGAUGGAGACCAGCGUGAAGGGGUGCAGCAGGAACAGGAAAGAGAGCAAGUUCAACCCAAGAAAAAGGAAGGCAAGAUCUCUAGCAAGACUGCAGCGAAAUUGUCAACCAGUGCAAAAAGAAUUCAGAAAGAACUUGCAGAAAUUACAUUGGAUCCUCCACCAAACUGUAGGCAUCCCAGCCCUUUAAUAGGGAAGGUCCCACCAGCGAGGAGGUCCCACCGUGGGGAACUUCUCCGCUGGUGUGGAAAACCUCCACUGAAGAGGAUUCUUUGGUGGGCUCUUGGGCCCAGUACUGCCCCUGCCAGUGCUGGACCCAAAGGAGACAACAUUUAUGAAUGGCGGUCAACUAUCUUGGGACCCCCAGGGUCUGUCUAUGAAGGAGGGGUUUUCUUUCUUGACAUUACCUUCUCACCAGACUACCCAUUUAAGCCACCUAAGGUUACGUUUCGGACAAGAAUCUAUCACUGUAAUAUUAACAGCCAAGGAGUGAUCUGUCUGGACAUUCUAAAGGAUAACUGGAGUCCAGCCCUCACCAUUUCUAAGGUUCUUCUCUCCAUCUGCUCACUUCUCACAGAUUGCAACCCUGCUGACCCCCUGGUGGGAAGUAUCGCCACUCAGUACAUGACCAACAGAGCAGAGCACGACAGAAUGGCCAGGCAGUGGACCAAGAGAUACGCGACAUAGGAAGCUCCUGCCGCGGCUUCUGACCGACCUCUCUGCAAGCACAUUCACCAAGUGCAUCAAUAGCCCUUCCCUCCUAUGUGGUCUUAUUUUUAUGACAUUUUGAACCAUUUUGUGACAAUAUGUUGUCCUUUCUUUCUUUUUAUUAUUUUUAUUUUAUUCCCCUCCCCCCUUUUUUUUUCUCAGUUCUAUUAACUUGAAAGAUAUUUCCCCUCCAAGUAGACGGGAAUUUUUUUGGCUUUGAUUUGUUUUUUUGUUUGUUUUAUUUCAGUGCAAAGAAUGUUGGAUCGGUGAUAGUAUAGAGCUUUGUCACAAAGCUUUGUAUUCAUGUGUGGUUUUUUUUUCUUUUAUGUGGUCUUUGGGAAAACAAAACAAAUUCAGAAUUAUAUCUCGUUUCUACUUCAAUGUAGUGUUUAGGGUUAAUUUUUUUGUACUGAAGUCUUUAAUGGUGGGUGCAUGCUACUGGGAACAAGUUUUGUAUAAAGGCUUAAAUUCAAGAAUCACUGUGCAUUACUGAGACUCUGUUUAUCGCUAGCCUUCUGUCUCCCACGCAAGAGGCUAUUGGGUUGAACAAAAUAAUAUGUAUUUUGAUUUACUUAAAGUGCUUGUACAUUUCUUAGGGACCUGCCACUUCUGACUGUGGAGCAGUUGACGUACACUUGUAUGACGAGAGCGCUCAAUAAAACACCGUGGCGGAGAUGCGCACUUGGGGUGAAGUGGCGGUCUUGCUUUCUGUCUAUACAUUGGGGCGGGGCAGGCGUGGCAGAGCCAGCCUGAUUCAGCUCUGGGGUGAAGCAUCCUUGGAAUCUCAGAGCUCUCACGUCAUUUUACAGACGAGCCGAGAAUUAAUUUCGCACAAGCAUCCUCUGGCAUACCCAUCUUUUAUGCCGCAGUCAAACUCCUUGACCCCCAGAAUCACCUCCCAGGGAAAGUCAGGCCCAUCCCUCAGCUCACUGAGCCCUCUCGGGCUUGGGUCUGCUCCUGAAGUUCCAAUGGCAGCUGCUUUCCCUCAAUUUUUUUAUUCUAGAGGAAAAAAUGAGCUCAGUUGAGCCAUCCCUGUGGGCUUACUCAGCAGCAGCCAGAGUGUUUCUGUCCAGCUUUGACCUUCAGGCUAAUUUUAGACAGGCCGCUAGGGGAGGAGAGCUCAGUCCUACCAAGGAAAUAUGUGGGUGUUGCAGUCUGGAAAACAUCGACCAAAUGCUGCUACCUUAAGGUCCUUUGUGUAGCCUGGCAUACUGGAAAGUCCCUGUUUCCUGUCAUUAAUGAUUGCAGGUUCUGGGUGAUGCCUCAGGGAGACGCUUUUGUGCAAUGGAUAAUAGAAGGGUGGAGUCCAAGUCCUUGCUAGCUGACCAGGUGGGCCUGUCAUGACUUCUCUGACCCUCAGUUCCCCCAUCUCAAAAAUAGGGAUAACUAAUACUCCUGUUUCUUACCUCAAAGGGUUGCUUUAGGAAUCUUGAAGUCCUAUAAGAAUGUGAGCUAUUAUUAUCAUUGUUAGUGCUCACAAGAAUUGUUAAAAGCACUACAGCUAAAUCAUUGAAUUUAUAGGCCUAAGUUAGUCAUUUCUCAAAAUUUGAAUGUCACUUGUUUUCUGACGUUUCCUUCCUAAAUGGCACAAAUUUUAAUGUCUAAUAUUAGAGACACAUUUUUCCUCAUAUUCAAAAAGGGAGUUGAUAAGCAUAUAUUUAAAGAUUGGAAUUUCAUUUUACUAUUAAAAUGUCUGCAUUGUUCCUCAUGUUAAUAUGCAUAUCUUCCAUUUGUCUUAUUUUUGAGGCCUCUUCUCCCCUUUAGAACACCAAAGUCUGAAAAAAAGGAGAAUAUGUAAAUGAAAUAGAGAAUACAAUACAGGAUUCCACCAUUAGGAUCAUGAAAAGGUGUUUGUUUAUGCUUUUUCUGGUAUCUCAGCUUCUAUCAUAACUUACAAUUGCUAUUUGAACCAUUUUAUAGACACUCAUCAAAGGCCUUGGAGAUAGUGUGACAUACUGCUCUGUGUUUAGCAGUUCUUCUGUUUGAAAUGAAAUAAACAGCUAUGGCUUUGAACAA